CCUACCAAAAAAGUCCUCCAAAACACCAACUCGUCACCAACCUCACACUUCCUUUUGGGCCAGGCGCCCUCUCUCAUUAUUAUCAGACCAACUACCACAACCCAAUUAUCAAUCACUAUAUAUACUAAGAAGCCAAGUAAUUCUUUUCCACAUUCAAAGUUGCAAGUUUUUUAUGAAGUAACAAGUUUUAUAUUCUUUUAAAAACAUAAAAAUGGCAACUAAUGGUUCCGAAGUGAAGCAUCAAAAUGGAAAUGAUACUUUCAGACAUCAAGAAGUUGGGCAUAAGAGUCUCCUUCAAAGCGAUGCACUUUAUCAGUAUAUACUUGAGACUAGUGUGUAUCCUAAGGAGCCUGCGUGCAUGAAAGAGCUUAGGGAAAUUACAGCAAAGCACCCAUGGAACUUGAUGACAACAUCAGCCGAUGAAGGGCAAUUCUUGAACAUGCUAAUCAAGCUCAUCAAUGCCAAGAACACCAUGGAAAUCGGUGUUUUUACCGGCUACUCCCUCCUCGCUACCGCGCUUGCCCUACCGGAGGAUGGAAAGAUAUUGGCCAUGGACAUCAACAAAGAAAAUUAUGAAAUAGGACUUCCAGUGAUUGAAAAGGCUGGAGUUGCUCACAAAAUUGAAUUCAAGGAGGGCCCUGCUUUACCAGUUCUUGAUCAAAUGGUCCAAGACGAGAAAAAUCAUGGAACAUAUGAUUUCAUAUUCGUAGAUGCAGACAAAGACAAUUAUCUUAAUUACCACAAGAGACUAAUUGAAUUAGUCAAAGUUGGUGGUUUGAUUGGAUACGAUAACACUCUAUGGAAUGGGUCAGUGGUGGCCCCACCAGAUGCUCCACUUAGGAAGUAUGUUAAGUUUUAUAAAGACUUUGUGUUGGAACUCAACAAAGCUUUAGCUGUUGAUCCUAGGAUUGAGAUUUGCCAGCUCCCUGUUGGUGAUGGAAUUACCUUGUGCCGCCGUAUUAGCUGAUCAAUUCCUUAUUUGAAAUUUGCAAAUUGAUAUUUCUUUCUUUACUAAGUUAUUUACACAAUUUCUAUUUUCAAGAUCAACUGUUAGAAUUCAUUAUCAAGCUAAAGGCUAGAAGAAAGAUGUUUAAGAUUCAUUAUUUAUUUGUUUCGUUGUACAAUCUAGGUGUUGUACACAUGCACUGUAUUAAGUAUUUUUAAUGUUUCUAACCAUUCAAGAAAUUGUUAGUUGUUGAAAUUUUAUUAUGUAAGGUUAUCAAUAUUGAUUACAUGAAAAUAAUUUAUUACUAAGGUUGCA